UGGAAUCCUAGUUUGCGGUAUAUUUCCACAAGGAGAGCAUGAACAACAACCUGAAGCGGCUACAGUUCGAAGUCAAGCACAUCGCUUCCGUUUCUUUGGAUUACUUUUUCGAAGCUUCAUCAAUGGCGGACCCCAACCUCGCUUAUCUCUCUUUCCUCCUCCUCCUCCUCCCUCUGUCUCUCUUCCUCUUCCUCUACCUUAUAGUCCGGCCUCGCCCCGUCAGGAUCCCAAUCAAGAACCGACACGUGUUCAUCACCGGCGGAUCGAGCGGGAUCGGCCUCGCCCUGGCUCACCAGGUCGCGUCAGAGGGCGCUCGCGUCUCUAUCUUGGCCCGGUCCCUCGACAAGCUCGAGGAAGCGAAGAAGGCGAUCCAGCUCGCCACGGGCAUCGAGGCGGCGGUGUUCGCGGCCGACGUGCGGGACUACGACGCCAUUUCGAGGGCAGUGGAGAAGGCAGGGCCAAUUGACGUGUUAAUCGUGAAUCAGGGGGUGUUCAUACCUCAGGAGCUGGAGAGGCAAGAACUGGAUGAGGUGAGGUUCAUGUUGGACGUGAAUCUGAUGGGGACUUUUAAUAUGAUCAAAGCUGCUUUGCCUGCCAUGAAGCUUCAUCGGAGGGACCGUGGCCCCGCCUCCAUCGCUCUCGUAUCUUCCCAGGCCGGCCAGGUGGGUAUAUACGGUUACACAGCUUAUUCCGCCAGCAAGUUUGGGCUCCGGGGUUUGGCAGAGGCUUUGCAACAAGAGGUCAUUGCGGAUGAUAUCCAUGUCUCUCUUAUAUUCCCUCCGGACACUGACACUCCCGGCCUCGUCGAAGAAAACAAGAGAAGACCACAGCUCACCAGUAUCAUUGCAGCCUCCUCUGGUUCAAUGAAAGCUGAGGAAGUUGCCAAGAGAGCUAUAAGUGGCAUAAAAUCUGGUGGCUUUAUUAUUCCUUGCAACUUUGAGGGUCUGUUACUGUCUAUAGCGACAGCUGGUUUAUCCCCUCAGAGAUCAUUCCUGAUGGCUUUUGUCGAGGUUGUUGCUGCUGGUAUAGUACGUUUUGUUGGUCUAUGCUUCCAGUGGAAUUGGUAUGGAAGUAUAGAGAAGUGGCACGCACAAAUAAAGAGGACCUAGAAGUUCUUGAUGCUUGCUGUGGGUAUGAAUGAAUACCUUGGGAUGGCGGCUGUCUACUAAUCACCAUGAAUUGCUCUAGAUCCCCCGAAGUUACUAGAUAGAUUCUUUUUCAACCCUGCGGCUAUACCAUGUUGCGUAAAGCGAGCGGACAUGUUCUUCUCAUUACCCAUUUGUAUUGAUUUGGUUUUCUUGUAUCUGCAGUAUACUUUUAGUUUUAUGUUCCUCCCCUUCCCUUUCUUGCAUAUGGCGCAAAGUUACUGAGCUGUACUAGAAUAGUUUUGCAAUUAGAUCUUUUUCUAAGAUGUUGUGGGCAGUGAGUUUACCUUCAAAUGUAUGCAGAAAGAGCUCAAAAGUAA